GAACAAGUCAAGCUCGCUCACACAUGCUGAUACUGAUUUUCUAAAUUUCUUUGCGCGAGGUUACUUGCAGAUUUAUUCUACGACUCACAGCGAUCGUUCGAAGACGAGUGUGCGUUCAAAUAGCUCUACCUCGAUUCUUUUCUUUGGGGGUGGGCAACCCAGCAAAUGCAGCUCAAAGCUCCUUUUUCCUGAAAACGUCACGCCGCAUCGCCGGCAUGGAUACGUUACACCGAGAUGUAUGUCUUGGAUGUGCUUGACAAGGGCGCACUUCUCCAUGUGUUGUGCGCAGCCGUCCCACCAGCAUGUCAGGGUGGCAUCUUCAGCCCCCCGGCACCCGUGGACGCUACAGAGAUGCAAGGAUAGCGCGUCACCUUUGAGGACGUCGCGGCAGCGUACUCCGUCACCUCUGUCCCACAGGCAGAUGAUUUUGUCCUUCAACAGGGUUGGUGGAGAUGGUGCCCGAUGGUGUACUCGAUAGCCAUGAUGCAGUUCUGGAAUUAAUGUUAGAGCGGGCUGUGGUGACCUUUUUGUUUGAAAGCGUGAUGUGAGUGCAUCCCGACAGUGCACCUCUUAUUAUCUGCAAACAAAACCAAUACAAGCAUCUGAGUCAAGGGGAAACCCCAAAAACAGGCUGUCAAAAAGUUGUAGUUUGCAAGUAGGACAUGCUUAGAUUGUAAAUAACCCAUUGUCUCGGUGUCAAAGCGAAAC